UCUUCUCCGGUUUCUCCCCCCCAUUCUCUCUGGUUCUCCCCUCUUUCUUGCUUCUUCUUUCUAUUUUUUUAUUCGUCCGGCAUCACAUAUUAUGUAAAUUUAAGCUGUUUUUCUUCUUGUGUUUUCAGGUCUACAUUUGUUGAAAAAUUUUUAAUCUGGAAAGUAUUUCCUAUCUGUUGCCUGAGGUGGAUUCUUCACUUUGCUGUGUUCAAAUGUGUCCCUGAUAACACUUCUCAAGUGAAAUCUUAUGAUACUAGUGGUCUCUCAGACGCAGUACAGCGUCUUGUGGCAAUAUGGUCCAAACGCGAGUUUGUGCAAUCAGCCCCAACUGAGCAACAAACCUACGUAACUGCUGCUUUAGGGCUUUGUUUGGAGAAGAUGGCAAAAGAAGAUCUAGGUGCAACAAAGGGUGCACUGCACUUGAUCCUUCAAGGAGUUAGUUGUAGGCUGGAGAGCCCUAUUUAUUUGGUGCGCAAAAUGGCAAGCAGUAUUGCUUGUGUUUUUUCUAAGAUCAUUGACCCUCAAAAUCCUCUGUAUCUUGAUGAUAGUUGCCAGGUAGAGACGAUUGACUGGGAGUUUGGGAUAGCAAACUCUAGCAAAGGUUCUCUUGCAACAAAGAUGCAUUACGCGGAUGAAAAGGCUAAUAAAAAUGAGAGUCCUACCAUGCUAUGUGGAAAGGAGAUUAGCGAGACAGAUGGUGAUGGAAAUGAUAAUAUGAUGAAGUCUAGAAAGAAGAAGCCAUCUAUACUUAAAUUAAUGGAUCCGGAUGAAGUUAUUGAUCCAGCAACACUAAAUAAUGAAUCGGUCACUGAUGAAGAUGACAGUGACUAUGAAAGUGAAGAUUCUGAGACUUCAAGUGGACCUUCCUUGCAGCCUUAUGACUUAACAGAUGAUGACUCAGAUUUGAAAAGAAAGUUCUCACAAUUGGUUGAUGUGGUUGGAGCACUAAGAAAAUCAGAUGAUGCUGAGGGCGUAAGUUGUUUGAGAUUAUUUACCUUUUUUAUAUGUUUUUACAUAAAUAUCUUCACAGCAUUUUGUGAUGAUACCAAUAAAAUUAUUCAGGUGAGCUCUCAUACAAAAAAAUAAAAAAUUCCCUCUGAUAUAAUUUUUUUUUUUU